AGUUUACGAGGUUUCGUGAAUCCGUCUUGGAUAUUUUGGCGUGAUUUUUCCGGAAGAAGGAAUCGAAAUGCCGUUAGAAUUUCUUUUCGGGCGUCGCAUGACGCCGGAAGAAAUGCUUCGCAAGAACCAACGUGCAUUGAAUAAAGCCAUGCGUGAUUUAGACCGCGAACGUGGCAAAAUGGAGGCACAAGAGAAGAAGCUCAUCAACGAUAUCAAGAAAAUGGCGAAAGACGGUCAGAUGGAUGCUGUUAAAGUCAUGGCUUUGGACCUUGUACGUACCCGGAGGUACGUGAAGAAAUUCAUCAUGAUGCGUGCGAAUAUACAAGCGGUUUCGUUGAAGAUUCAAACCCUGAGGUCUCAAAAUGCGAUGGCUGAAGCGAUGAAGGGGGUUACGAGAGCGAUGCGAACUAUGAACCGGUAAUUUA